AUGUCUGAACUCAAAUCCGCCGAGUUAUCGUCUACAACAACCCCUCAAACAUGGUUUGAUCGCUUCUGCUUUGUUCGGAAACGUGACGAUCCAACAUGCCACUCUAUAUGGCAGAAGCGUAGUAUAGUUUUGAUUAUCACGUUAUCAGCCUUUACUGCACCGUUCGCCUCGUGCAUUCUCUUCCCAUCUUUCACGACUCUUGUGGAUCAUUUCCAUACGACAGAGACCCAAGUCGCCCUGACAACAACAGUGUUUCUCCUCGGUCUUGCGGUCGCUCCAUUAUGGUGGAGCACACUGAGUCAGCAGUAUGGUCGUCGACCCGUGCUGGUAUUCAGCUUCCUUAUAUCGGCUGUUGCCGUGAUCGUCUGCGCUGUGUCCAAUUCGCUUUCGUUGAUUAUCGUGUUCCGCAUGGUCGAGGCAGUCGGCUGUUCGUCCGCUCAGAGUGUUGGAGCAGGAGUUAUCAGCGACAUAUUCGCUCCGACCGAGCGUGGCUCAGCUCUAGGGUGGUUUUACCUCGGAACCUUGAUUGGACCCAUGAUUGCCCCGAUCAUUGGAGGUGCUAUUCAAGUAUGGCUUGGGUGGCGCGCAAAUCUCUACUUCAUGGCCAUUUUCACGUUCAGUACCGCGAUGCUUACCAUGUUGUGUCUACCGGAGACACUUGUGAAGCUUCCCAUUGAAAGCAAGGAGAAGUUGCGGUGGCACCAAAUAAUGUACCGUGAUGCCUUUGCCCCCUUGCCAAAGCUGAGACUAUUGGCAUUUCCUUCGAUUGCCUUGACAAUUGCCUACGUCAGCAUCUGUUUUGCCAGUCUCUACUGCUUUAACACAACCCUUCCAUACGCAUACUCAGCGCCACCCUACAAUUUCUCUGCAAUCGAAAUUGGUCUCUGUUACAUUAGCAAUUGCCUCGGAUACGCAAUUGGCAGUGUUGUUGGUGGGAAGCUGAGCGACGCCAAACUUCGUCAGUACCAGUUGACCCACAGCGGAGAGAUUCGCCCAGUUGAAAGAAUCAAGACUGUAUGGUAUGGUGUUGGCUUUGUCCCAGCGGGCCUACUUAUCUAUGGCUGGUUGGUUGAAAGACAAGUCUUCUGGGUUGCUCCUCUCGUCGGAGCAUUCCUCUUUGGGCUAGGACUCAUGCUAGUCACCUCAACGGUCAUGCCUUUCCUUGUUGAUGUCAAGCCGGGAGCUGGAGCAUCCGUUGUGGCUGAUUUGAAUCUGGUCCGGAAUAUUCUGGCUGCUAUUGGCACUGUACUGUCGCCAAUUGCAGCAACAAAUAUCGGAUACGGGUGGUGGAUGACAAUUUUAGCGAUUCUCUGCUCAUUCUCGGUCGUGUUUGUGGUCAUUGUUGUCUGGAGGGACGCUGUUGAAAGGAAGAAGUUGGAUGUGGGCGCAGUUUGA